UAUUUUUUGGUUUGCUUAUUUUUAGUGCCGUAUAGUUGACGAUAAAACAACAAACACAAAGUCAACAUUUCCGUUCGUUAGAAGUAAAAAUACCGUGGUCGCCGUUAAAAAACCGCUCUGCUAGUAUUUAACUAGAUUUUAAUCGUUUUAUAAUAUUGAGUACUCUAACCAAACGGGGAUAAAACAUUAUGCUAGCACUGCAAGCGGGUUCAACAACCGGCAUUCCUGACAAGUUAUGGCAACCUCACUUUGUCACAUUCGAAACAACGAUGGGUGAAAUUUCCAUCGAAUUGUACUGGAAGCAUGCCCCGAAUACCUGCCGGAAUUUCGCAGAGCUAAGCCGUCGUGGCUACUAUAAUGGAACGAUAUUUCAUCGAAUCAUACGGGAUUUCAUGAUCCAGGGAGGUGACCCCACCGGCACAGGUCGUGGAGGCCAGUCAAUUUACGGAUCAACGUUCUCCGAUGAAAUCAGUCCCGAUUUGAAGCACACCGGAGCCGGAAUACUGUCGAUGGCAAACUCUGGUCCGGACACGAAUGGGUCGCAGUUUUUUAUUACGUUGGCUCCGACACAGUGGCUCGAUGGAAAGCACACAAUAUUUGGCCGGGUACACACCGGAAUGCAAACCGUCAAGCGGAUAGGACUGGUCGAGACGGAUAAAAACGAUCGGCCCGUGGAGCAAGUGAAGAUUCUCAAGGGAAAGGUGGAAAAGUAUUGAAAUUUGAUAGAUGUAAUAAAAUUAGCUUAAACAGUAAUGUGUGUUUAAGUAACUCAUCCUUGGAAA